GAGACAUAGCCCAUGUGAUGUCAAGUUCCCUUUUAAGACACCCCAGCUGAUGAUGUCAGAGUAAUAGUACAUGCAGGAUCUGGGAGAAGGCUCUGUAGAGAAGCAAAGGUGGCUCUGGAGAUAAGCGAUGGCUCCAAUCAUAGCAGAUAACAGCACUUCAAAGUUGGCUGAGAGGGACAAUUAUGAAAACAAUGGACUUGUACAUGUUAAAAACCCCCAUUUGGACCUAUUACCCGAGGACAUCCUCUACCACUUUAACUUGGGAACAAAAACCCAUGACCUACCUUCUAUGUUUGGAGAUGUUAAGUUUGUCUGUGUCGGUGGCAGUCCGAACAGAAUGAGGGAAUAUGCAAGAUUCAUGCACAAGGAGCUGGGCCUGGAAGAAGAUGUGAAUACCAUCAUAGAUAUAUGUGCUGGGACCGACCGAUACAGCAUGUACAAAGCUGGACCCGUGCUUUCUAUAAGUCAUGGCAUGGGCAUCCCCUCCAUCUCCAUCAUGUUGCAUGAGCUUAUCAAGCUGCUGCAUCACGCCAAGUGUCGAGACGUCACAAUAAUCCGUAUCGGGACAUCUGGUGGAAUAGGCAUUAAACCCGGGACUGUGGUAAUCACAGACAUUGCUGUAGAUGCCUUCUUCAGGCCACAGUUUGAACAAGUCAUUUUAGAUAAAGUGGUAGUCAGGAACACCGAGCUGCACCAGGAACUGGCAGAAAAUCUUCUACGGUGCAGCAAUGAAAUCAGCGAUGUCCCAACUAUUAUUGGACACACCAUGUGCACAUAUGACUUUUAUGAAGGUCAGGGGAGAUUGGAUGGAGCACUGUGUUCAUUUUCGAAAGAAGAAAAAUGCGAGUAUCUGCAGAAGGCAUAUAGUGCUGGUGUCAGAAACAUCGAGAUGGAAUCUUCAGUCUUUGCAGCAAUGUGUCAUUUAUGUGGGCUUAAAGCUGCAGUGGUCUGCGUGACUCUACUUGACAGACUACAAGGAGAUCAGAUCACGGAGAGUCAUGCUGUUCUUGCCGAGUACCAGAGGCGACCUCAGAAACUGAUUGCAAAGUUCAUCAAGAAGCAGCUAAACUUAUGCACAUAGCUCCAGCUGUGCCGAUUCUAGACUAUGCUGCUAUCUGGGGCUCAACAGAUAUACUGUACCUAUGAUGGGUUUAAUUUAUAUGUACUGUACAUAUUCUGAAAGAUAAUGUGUAUUGCACAGUUCAUUUCCUUCCGUGAUUGGCAGGUGAAAUCCUGGUAGAGCUAGUAAGCCUUAAGCCAGCAAAGUAUAGUUACGGUUGUGCAGCUAAUUCAGAAUUCACUUGCUAGCGGGGAUGGUCAUGAAAUUUAAACUCCGUUUAUUAUUUGGUAAAAAAAACUUCUCUGCCUCCUAACAGCCCCGGUUUUAAUGAAAUUGUCCCACAUUUUGGGCCUUAAAGUGGAUGUAAACCCAAAGUUCAUUGUAUAUUACCAGGAUGUGUUAUGUGGGGGAGGGGUGGAUUUC